UGUGAGCUGCUCACUUUGACGACCAUGCAUAAAAGAUGUCUACAUCAGAAGCAGCAGAGCCAGUGCAAGUGAGGAGAGACUUCAGGUCUUCUUACUACUACAAGAGUUUGCAUGGAUUUAAAGGUGGAGAGAAGAGCCUGGGGCACUUGGAGGUCCUCCUGAGCAUGGACGUGCUAGAUCUGGAGAAGCUGAGGCAUUUCUGUUUACAGCAUACACUGCCAGUCUAUUGUCGACCAUUGAUCUGGAAAGUGCUGCUAGGGGUGUUACCUGUACACACGGAUAAGGACACCACGAAGUUUAUCGAGGAGCAAAAAGCGCAACAGUACUCUGACCUCCGACACGCCUUACAGAUCAUGGGCAGGAUAGCAACGCCCACACACACACACCAGCAACUACAUCAGGUAACAGAACGACCUUUGUUGAAGCCCUGUGGCGAUGAUGUCACCACACCUCAGGCGACCUCUGACCCUAGCGCCAGUGAAGAGUUUGUGUUAGUGUAUUUGUUGGAGAGUAACAAACUAUUAACUGCCACAGAGAGCCACCUCCGGAGGCCCGCACAGUUGAGGUUGCGACUGAUUGCUGAUGCUUUUCUCUCAAUGUUUGAUGAUGAGGGGGCGUGUCCACGCUAUUGGAUGUUCUCAGGGUUUGUUAAAAUGUCUGCCAUCAUAGUCCUGCCUCAUCUGGACAAGCUGGUCUCCCAGUGUUUGUGUUGCUUAGCUACAGAGGAGUCAGUGCUGUACAGUCACCUCAAGAGUAUAGGGGCUAUUAGCCACACCCUCCCACUCAUGCAGUGGUUCAGUGAUUGCUUUGCUGCAGAUCUACCCGAGUCGUGUCUUGAAAGUGUGUGGGACCGAGUGGUUGCUGGGUCGUGUGCUGUGCUGGCGUUUGUAGGGGCGGCCAUUCUGCUGUCUGUCAAGAGGAGGAUUCUAGGCCUCUCCUCUCACACUGACCUCACACAUGUCCUGCACACAAUACCCAAGGAGAACUUCACUGCAAUAGUGAGCAAAGGCCUACAGCUGUGGGAGACCAGGGGAAGCCCCUUAUUACCACCACCCUAGCAACCAACCUCGUGCAUCAAAAUAAUCAUCAUCACUACUAAUUAAUACAGCAGACUCUUCUUAUUAUUGAUAUAAUUAUAUCCCGUCUUUAUUAGGUCAAUGCUAUUCAAUGCUAUAAUUAUUACAUGUGUUAUGAAUUUUAUUGCUCGUUUAUGUAAUUUCAAGCAGCACACAAAUCAUUAAUAAUUUUAACAUGA